AUGCUAGGUGAAACAAUCCGCAAGUUCCUCCUUCGAGGAGGGUUAAAGAAGAAGCAAGACAAUCAGAAGAAAGAGAAGAACGGAGAACACGUCUACAGCAACCGAAUGACUGUCGUUGCUCCAAUCACCCUGGCACUCGCACUCCCCGAGAUGUCACCGGCUGAGAUCUCAACAGAAAUCCCAGCUAUCCCUCGACCAGCCGUUCUUCGGGACCAGAUUAUCCAUAACAGUCGGGGUUCUUCCCAUUCACUUGCCACUUACGGCCAUGAAGAUUUGAUUUCCAUCGAUGGAAUCCCACGACCAGCAUUUCCACGGAGCUUCUCCGCCGGCAUGCUUCAUGAGGAGCGAUCCCAGAGGGACCGGCACAUCCGAUACGAGACGCUAGACAGGGGGGGACUAAAGCUCUCGACCGUUGUCGUCGGUAAAAAAAGAUCGGCGGCACUAGCAGAGUGGGAAGGCCUGGAGGAGAGGGCGGAGAGAGAGGUGAAGAGCCACCUUCCCGUCCCACCUAGGACGGCCGAAGGAGGAGAAGAAAGCAAAGAAAUGAUGGAAGGGAGAACCGGGCGCGAGUUCGGUGACUUUACAGUCGCCGUUCCGGCCAAGCCCGCCCCAGUCCGUGACGAAGAAAACCUUGUCGGAUACAAGGUAAAGACCACUCACCGACGAGUGGCAAAGAAAGCGUGCCUUGGGCUGCGGCGGUGGGUCGACUCGAAGGUCGGCUCUAUCAAGCGACCGAACCGGGACCCCGUUGCAAGGGGUUUCCGGUUCUGGUUGCGAGAUGGAGUUGACCCGACGGUCGAUACCUCUUGCCCGCGCCUGUAUGGCAGAGACCGACCAGGGCCAAAAAAGACAGUGCACCCACGCCCGUGGGACACUGUUCUUGUCACCAGCGCCACUGCCCCAAGGGCCGUACCACGCGAAGUCUAUCGAGACUUCAUUAGAAUUGCUUGGUACUAUUUCCCCGACGGUUUUGAGACCGUCGAGGAAGAAUACGCGGCAUAUGAGCAGUGGGUGGACGCUGAGAGGUCUAUCGAUUAA